CGUUGUAAUCCGAAACUUUACGAGUCUUCCCGAAGAAGACAAAAAUCAAUAUGGCGGAAUUAAACCUAGGGGUCGAAGAAUUUAUAACAGGUAUUGACGUUAUUUUCUCUAUUUUUAUUAAGCUAAUAAUAUCACCAAUAGAUAUAACGCUUUUCUUUUUAGUGGGAAUAUUCCGUUUGCGAUUAAAAUACUUGGCUCUUGGAGUUCUAACUGUCCAGACGUCAACAAUGGUCUUGGUACUUCGUUAUUCAAGAACAAUUAACAUUGCUAAUGGCCAAGAACCUUACUUGUCAUCGACUGCUGUAUUCUUAUCUGAAGUCUUAAAACUAUUUAUAUGCUUGUUUAUUGUCCUCAAUGACUCAAGAUUUCAACCCAAGGUGUUUUGUAAUGCACUGAACGAGAACGUUUUUUCUAAACCAACAGAUACAUUAAAAAUGUGUGUUCCUGCUUUUUUAUAUACUGUUCAAAAUAAUCUGUUAUACCUGGCAUUAUCGAAUUUGGAUGCUGCUACUUAUCAGGUUCGUUAACAUAUUUGUUAUGCUCCUCCCCCAGGGUAGGGGCAUGGGCGAACCCAAGGGAAAUUGAAAGCCGAUCGAAGAUUCUAUCACAGUGCAUCGACGACAGGGGUCCGACACGGCUGAAAUCUCGUACACUCGACUCAGAAAUCAACAGAAAUGAAACCCGAAAUCAAGAAAUCACGAGAGAGAUAUGUGAAUUUUGAAAUCAGAAAUCACUGAAACUUUGUUAUUAUUGAGCCCACAGUCUUAUAUGACAGUGGUAACUCACAGAAAUCAGGAAAUCGGGUUAGAAAUCAGGAAAUCAGGUCAGAAAUCACGUUAGUGCAUGGACCCCGCAGUGAUUUUCUGAUUAGGGGGGGGGACUGGUAUUGAGAUGAAGUAAGUUUGUGGUGCAGCAGCGAUCGAACCUUCCUGGGGGUGUCUGGGAGCGUGCCCCAAGAAAAUUUUGGAAAUUACAAGCUCCAGCUAUUUCAGUAUUUCCCACAAUAAUUUUGUUUAAAGUAUACCAUAUUUAUAUUUAUAGCCAAAUAUAUUUCUGUGAAACAGGACAAACAGGGUCUUAGCUAGAAGGCCAUGUUAUUGUGGGCAAAACUGGAAAAACACAGCAAAUUGUAUAAAUUCCAGAUUCCUGAAAUAUGUCCUAAAAUAGCCUGUUACAACCUACAUACAACAGAGAGGAUUUUCUCCUAUUUAUGUUGUAAGAAAGUUUGUAAUGGGCAUAUUUAAAACUGUGACACUGUAGAAGCCCAAAACGCUUUCAAAACUAGUAUUUUUUACCUUUCAAAACUGAUAAUUAAUCUAGUUCUGGCUAUAAUGGUAGCGUCACGUAAAAAAGGAGAAAUAUAUUUCAACUUCGCAUGCAAAGAUAGUAUAGCCAGCUGAGCAUGCAACUAUUUAACAAUUAUUGGAUGAGGUUUUUGUGAUAUGCAAAAUUAUCAAGGUCUAUAGGCGUACGAGACAGGGGGCAGGAGUUGCCCCCUCCCCCCCAAUUUUGAAAAGCCAUGGAAAUUCGGGCAAAUGCUAGGCAAAAUCAAGAUUAAAAAUUCAAGCAAACUUUCAACUGCCCCCCCCCCCCAGCGUAAAACAUCAGUCCCAUUCUCCUAUGUCAAGGUCGAGACCUUGAUAAUUUUGCAUAUCGCAAAAACCGAAUUCAAUAAUUGUUUUAUUAUAUGUUUGUUUGUGUUAAAUAUUAGACACCGCUUGCUAAUCAUUGCAGGCUUAUUUGCAGAUAACUCAGUUAUCUGCUAGCAGUUAUUAUAACUAAAUUUUCUGUAGGUUGUGUGAUUCUACGAUUUAACUGUAAGCUCUAGCUUACCCAAUCAAAUUGCUUUUACCAACUACAUUGUAUAAUUAUUUAAUAAUAACAGUAUUUAUGAUAUAUAGUACUAGUGUACCAAUUUCCAAAACCAAGUACAAAAGGGCAUAUAUGCAUUCAGUGUUAUGAAGAUGAUUUGGCGGCUGAACCUAGCUCUCCCCCAACCCCCCUGCUUGCGCAGUACGUGCCUGAUGUGGUUUGGGAUUUUCACAAUAUGUGGGCAUCCCAGCAGAGUGGGAAUAAUACUGUAAAGUAUCAUCUUUGUGCGGGGAAUGUUUCAGUAGUGCAUGCAUGGCAGUUGCAUGGAAUUGAAGGCUGAACAUUUGAGAAUGUAUUUACAGUCUGUGCUAAAUUUUGUUCUUCUGUACGAAGCUUGUUCUCAGUACAAGAUGUGAAAUAAGCACAGGGACACAGGAAUGACGUGAGGGCAAGGGGACAGAUUUUCAUAGUGGAGUCCUUCCCAUUGCAAUGGCCGUUGGAGUAAAAACAAUUUCUAAACCACCAAAAUUGACAAUUUCAUAGUCAAACCGACCCCUACGAGAACAGUGAUGUACAUUUUCCCCUAAUAAUAUCUUGAUUUGUGAUAUUGAGCUUGGCAAACAUAUAAUGACUUUUUAAAAAUCUGAAAUAUUUUCCUAAAAUCUCAAAUAUUUCCCUGAAAUCAGAAAGGGCACCUUUGCCCCUGUGUGGUUACCCAAUGCAGCAACAGCAGCAACAGCAACAGUAGCAAGAACAAAAUUUAUUAAAUAAUGUACUUUUCUGACUUUUUAACAAUUAAGUAGAAAGAAAAUAGAACUACCAAGAAAUAACCUUGCAACGUUAUAAAGAGCCAAAGUUAAAACUAGAUUCUAAAUACAGUAGGAUAGAAUGAUCAAUUCGAGCAAUUUUCCUUCACUGAUCAUUGGCUAGGACAAAUUUGAUCAGCCAAACUGUGUACUGCACUAUGGAAAUGCAAAUAUUAUGACAUGAGUAUAAAGUUUAACAUGGCUAUGGUUAAUAUGGCAGAGAAAUAUCUUUUUCUCUCUUCCCAUCUGGACAGCAUAUUCCUCGGUAUAUGAGGAAGGGUUAUGCAGAUCUUUUUUGGAAUAACUCGCGUAUAUGAUGGAAAUACAUGGCAGACAUGUUGUUACUAAAUAAAUGUUAUUAUGAAGACAUGUCAUAUUAUGUAAAAGCCUGAUUUGAAUCAUAGAUAAUCCUCUCGAUUGUCUAGCUAAUUAGCUGAAGUUAAUUACAUCUGUUGAAAAUGGGUCAAAAAAUACUGUAGAUCAAUUUGACUGCAGAAAUGGAAUAUACCAAUUCUUUGUCUAUAAAACAUUCUGUUGCAUAGAUGUUAGUUCGUUAUACAGUAUUUCACGAAAUUUAUAUAAUUAUGAAAUAAAAUGCAUUGUAUGCUAAUUACAGUUACUAAAUUAUAAUUAUAUUGAAGUACGAUGUCAAUUAAUGGACUUGAUAUCAUUCUGAGUCUUCUUAAAUCCAGUUAGAAGAGAUGGGCAUUCGGAGGCGAACAUAUUAUAUGCCUCUCCAUAGAAGUAAGCAUGCAAAUCAUCCAUUCCGUCCCAAGCUAUGUCACCUUCAGCAUCAUCUGUAUCAGUUUCUAAAAAGCGUAUUAACUUUUUAAGUGUUUCUUGAUCAGCGUCUUGAUAACCCUUGGGACUAAUCUUGUACUCUACGUAAUAUACUGCCAAUCCAAUGUCAAAUGAAACAUUUCCUACAAGAAAGUAACAAAGUAAGCUUUUAAUGCAACUUUCAUGCACACAGUGAGAUUGGGAUGAAGUUGAUGCAAAUUUAAAUUAAAAAGCUGCUAACUAAGCCAGUGAACUAAAGCGGUAUAUAAAAAAGGUUGCGAUGUAGCCCGUUUUAAAUUUGCGUUUUUAUGAAUUUAGUCGUAUAUUGCUUAGUAAUUUGGGGUUUACAAGCGGAACUCGAGAUGUUGUUAAAAACAAUUAUUCGUUUCUAGCUAAAUGGGCUCCUCCCAAUAAGUAAAUUCCUUUCAUCAGGAUUAAUCCAAUAUAUUAUGUCAUCAUAUAUUUUAUUUUUGAACCCAAAAAGUUGUUUCUUUUUCAGUUACAGUUUCGUUUUAUGAUUUUCACAUAAGUCUUCUUGCGUUAAACGUUUUUAUGUGAAUGAGGAUUUUUAGUCAAAACGAACGUAUUUUUUAAUGUAACGUUAUCCAGAGUUAUUUCUUUACGUGUAGCAAUGGGCAGAAUUUGUACCAGCUAACCACUGUAGCCUGCGUCACAGCAAUGUGUGAGUUUCAUGAAACUGCCAGACCGCCAGUUUUGAUAAGGUGCAAUUGCGACCAUGCAACUAAAGUUCGUAAGAAAUUGUUAUACAUUUUGGGCAUCUUGUGGGACAGGACAUAGUGAGGGUUUUUAUAUAUAGGGAGUUUAUCGCUGAUAAAAGUUAAGCCCCCAACCUAUCUUAAUUGAUUAUUCUCAAUAUAUAUAUAUAUAUAUUGUAUAAACUUGGAGCGAAAUAUGAACACAAACGUUCUACAUAACAUUCACUGAUAUCACUAAAAAAUGAUAAAUUGUAUAUGGAAAUUUCUUCAAAUGUUUUGUACAUAACUUAAAAGAACGUAAAAAUAUAUUUAGCGCCCAUGAGCCUUUAUUUCACCACUACCGCCUUCAAAUAAGCCCCUAUACUCCAGAAGCACUGGAUGAUGGAGAAAAAUAAGCCCCCAGCCUGGGACGAAAUAGAGAAAAUAGCUACGGUAUUCUAGACUGUGCUGUUGUUUAUCUUACCGUUUCGAUAAGCUGCCAUAAGAACAUAGUGCACCUUCCCAUCAAAGGCAAAACGCUCGUUUUUAGCCAUGCUGCCUUCCGCAUCAAUCACAUUAAUCGUGUUUUCCAGGAUAUUUUGGAGAUUGCGCGGCAUGUUUGUCAUUUGGGCAACGUGAUCGAUAAGCUUGAGAACAUCUAAAGGAUCUACGCCAAGCUUCAUGUUGCAAAAACUGUUGAUGUUUCUGUAUUUCAUGGCAACAGUUUUUAACCGCUGUUUUAUUUCUUUUGCUGAAUCUCCUGGCAGAGUUUUCUUAAACAUUUCCUGCAUCUGGUCUAACAUUCCCGACAUGGCAGUGCUGACGUUCACCUUUACCUUACCAGAGGGAGGUUUAUUCAUGUUGCUCCGGUCUUUUUUCUCAGAAGUGAAAUACGAGUUGUAAUACUUUUCGAUAGCUUGCUUGAUACCAGAUUUUUCGAUGUAUGUUGUAAUAUUGGCAAACCAAGUGUGAUAAGUAUCGUUAGCGAGUGACACCAAGCUUCCAACCUGCUCAAAAAUACACUGUGUUUUGUCUUUGUGGUCUUUGCAAUAUUCUUUACUGAAUAACUUGGAGUACUUCUCAUACGUCUCUGAUGUUAUUUCUGGGCCGUAGUUGUGAAACAGAAGAUAAAUACAAAUGUAUUUCCACGGGAUGGAAGGCAUUUUCGAAUUCUCUGUCUGUGCAUGCGCUCGUUAUGCUGUUGAUGCGCUCGUUGUGUAUAGGCAAACUUAAUACACCAUUCGAUUUAAAUGUAUUUCGUUUUAAAUAUCCCCUUGUGUUAUGAAAAUGACGGAUACAAAUAUCCUGCAAAUACAAAACAAGGGCUGUCAAAGCGAUGCAUGGAAACAUGGUAUAUGAUUAGUUGGGCGUCCAUCACCUUCAACCUGUGACGUUGAACUCUUAAGGUGGAACUCCAAUAUUGUUUAAUAACUUAUUAAAUCUUUAUCUUUCUAAGGUCUAUUGAACUCCAGUAUCGUUCAGUGACUUAUUAAUUUAAACAGUUGACAAUUUUAGCAAGUGGCUUAUAUUAUUAAAUUUAUUAAUAGUAAUUAUUUUAUUACUUAGAUUAAGUUAAAUAUAUACAUGCAUUGUUAUUGUUUUAAUAUAUCUUUAAUUAUAGAAUUCCAUUCACUUUCAAAGAGGAUUUUUGAAGAGGUUUAUUUUAUUUUUAACAACGUUUCGGACAGUUUUACUGUCCGUCUUCAGGUUAUUACAACUUUGUGAAUGUGAAUUGAAUUCUAUAAUUAAUGAUGACCAGAGGUGAAAGUUUUAGAAAAAUAAUUAAUAAAUCUUCAUUAUUAUUUCGCAGUAAACUAGCUAACUGGGUAAAUUCCUUGAAUUGUGAUUGCGAGUAAAAUAGGGAUUUGCCGCAACCUCUCCUACAUCAAUACAUAAUUGAAAAGAUAAACGCGACAAUAUUGUUAUUACAUGCUCUUAUUUUAUCUAAACAUCUGAAAAGAAAAAUCACUGAAUGACAUAGAGUACUUUUGCGUUCUCAUUUUAUUAAUAAAUAGUUGCUUGAUUGCAGGACAUUAGCAACCAACCAGAGAAACCAAGGGACGGGCUUGAUCACAUUUGACACAUACAGUUUGAAUGUUUGAAAUUUGGAGUAGUAAUGAAGUAGGCACCGUUUGAAUGAAGACAAUUAAGGUCAUAUAACACCCUAAAUCGUACAAAAGAUAUAACACCCUAAAUCGUACAAAAAAAUUUUUAUUUUUACAUAUUCACAAAGUUUAAAAAUAAUUUUUUGAAAAUAUUUAAAAUUGGAUGAGUUUUUUUUUGUUUUUUUUUUGUUUUUGUUUUUCAAAUUAUAUUCCUAGCAAGAGAGUGCAACUUGUUUAAACUUCCACCCCCCCCCCUCCCCCUCUCCCCCCCUCCCCCAUGGUUGUUGUUGAAAAUUACCUCUAUAUAACCACAGAGCAAAAUACGGCAAAUCGAACGGCCAGUACGUUUAAUUAGAUGUUAUACCUUUGUGUUUCUUCACUCAAGGCAUUUCCAAUUUGAAGUGAUGAGAAGAAUAACAACUGGGAUUUCAUCUCCUCAGGCCAUAGCUCAGCCACAGAGAACCCCUUUCACGAAUUACGGAUUAUAAACCGCUUGCAUUGUUCUUGGUUAACGUCAACCGGAUUAUCUUUGCAAUUGCAGCCAGGAGGAGACAGUAGCAUUAUGUUUGAAAAACCAUGCCAUGUUUACAGCCUGUUUUCAGACGAAUAAAUUUUGCGAUAUAUGCACAUAUUGAAAGGUUAAGAAAAGCAUGCAUUUUAACUAGGGUGUCUGGGAAUUGUUUUAGAUCAAAAUUAAGUAAGAUACAGGCCUUUACAUGCCAUUGUUUUGUGUAACAACAUAUGUCUAGAAAAGAACUACAUCUAGCUUGAUAAAGCCUGAAAAUCGAAAAUCCCAGACACCAUUUUUUAGAUCAAUAAUAGUAUGGGGAAGAGGGGUUCUGGCGCGGAUCGUGCACUAAGCACCACCCAUGACGUCAUCGUGGUGUUAGGUCAUAUUGGUCACAUGCAGUUAUAAUCCAAUUAAGCAAGCGUUACUAUUGAUUGCAUGUCAUUUCAAGAAAAUCUUCAAAAGGGAGAUAAAUGGGGUAACGCGAAUUCGAAACCGUACUGAUUUUAGAGCAAAAUAUACUGCUAUGCUUGGAUGCAUACAUAAAUUAACAGACACGAAUUAACGUUUUAAACCAUUUAUUUCUUAAGUAUAUAGCUAGGGUUCUCUGCUUGUAAACACCAGGACGUAACGGGACUUAUGAGCAGAUGAGCACCUGCUCAUAAUGCUCACGACGAAGAAAGAAACUUCAUGGCGGAAAUUGAAUUCCGGAUAGGGUUUAGUAUAGUCAAAGAUGCUGUUACUUUUGGUACUGUUUUUGUGCCUAGAUACCAAUGCCCUACAUCGACCUCACAUCGACCCCUCAUUGACCUAUCAUUCUACAAUACAUAUCGAGUGUGUACAAAAACUACGUGUUAUACUAAAAUGUAUUGAUGAAAAUGUCAGCUUAGAGUGCGGAAAACCUGCGUGGUGCGGAUGUCUGUGGCUGCAGUUUUAAAGACAUAAAAAAUCUUGUCAUUUUUGCAUGGGUCGGCCGGGUACAAAUCAAAAUCAUGGCUAAAACACGCGAAAAUAUAUGCAUUUGCAUGUCUACUAAUCAAUUUUCUGCAGUGGUGUCCAGGCUUCCAUGAACGAAGAAUGUACACCCAGUCUUCGGGUCUAAACGGGCCUUAUGAACAGAUGAGCAUGUGCUCAUGAGCAGUUAUGAGCCUGUGCUCAUCAUAUUAUAAUACUGCAUUUUUUUAAGAUUUUAUUCAUUCAGUAAUUUUUUGGUAAAAAUUGUGUUAUAAUGAUCUUGUGUGAUAGAGAUGUUAAGCUAGCCCAACCCUCACUUCCCCUAAUGAUAAUCAGGCCUGCCUAACAUAGUCCAUCUUGUUGCCUUGUCGAAGCCAUGAUAACAUUCGAGACAACAUCAAAUUCGACGAAUCCCAAGCUGCAUGUUAAUCCUACACGUAUAGAACUUUGUUCCUUUGGUCUAUUCCUUCUUGCUUUCUGACAAACUUUGUAUUUUUUUCUGGCUAAAGAACAGCGAUGAAGCAGGGAAAAACAGAGAAAGAGCAAAGCACGACAGAUCACAGUGCAUUAUUGCGUCACAAUGCACGCCCAUUAGCCAAUCAAAUUGUCUGUUAUAUCACACUUAUAUUAUAAUACUUAUUCAAACUUCUAACGUCGUCCCCGGGGUCAGAACCGGGGUGGGGCGCAAUUAACUUGGUAAAGUUUUUCUCGGUUUAGUAAAUUUUGGCUAACACAAAUUCAAAGUAGUAACCGCUACAAAAUCUGGUCAUGCUGCUGAUAGUGCUUUGGUAAUCUACAACAUUGCAUGUUCAGCGGAAUUUCCUGUCCGAAAAAUAAUUGUUCCACAGUUGAAGGGAUGUUUCACGCGCUAAUUUAUUUGAGAUUAUAUUAAAAAUUGACAAAAGGACACCAGAUAGUAACAGAAUUAAAGUAUAAAAUAUAUUGUAGUAACAGAAAGGAGAUUAUUUGAACAGAACUUUGUGGAACAAAUUUAUGACAAUGAUGUCCCACAAACGGUAACUUAGAACAAUUUGUGUAAAAUGUCAUUCGUGUCGUCGCUUGUCCAGCCUUUCUGUAAGCAUAGUACGCAAAAUUUAAAAAUGUAAAAGAUUGUAUAAAUUUAGCAUGCAUUUUUGAUUUUUGAGCCUCGAGAAUUACCAAAAAAGAAAUUCGUGACUUUCUUUUGCUAUUUUGGUUGCGUUAAUUCGGAAUAACAAUAUCAAGUUAAGCAUGUCAAUCGGGUUCCCCAAAAUGGAUGAAAAUGAAAAGAUUUAGGAUGCAAUUUUUAAUUAUUCAUUGUUUAUCGUAUUUUCAGAAUUGAUUGUGUAGAUAUGAUUUUUCGAUAUAUUAUUUCCGUAUUUCAUUUUCACACCGGAAAAUGCUGUUUCUGUUUUUGAUUGUUUGUUACUGUGUUUUAAUUUAAUUUAAUUUAAUUUGAUUUAAUUAUUUUUUUUAAUUUAGUAACUGUGGCGUUACAUAAAUUACAAAUUCUGGCAGGGUCCCCACAAUGUUCUGUUUAUUAUAUAGUCCCAUUUACUAAUAGUCACGUGAUCGAUAUCUUCACUAGUGAAGAUAUGGAAAAUAUGUCACUGUGUAUUUCUCAAUAUCUCACUCUCUACUAUAUAAUAAACAAGAUCACGCACAGAGUUGCAUAAGACAUAUAGUUUUUUAUAGUUUAAUUGCAUUGAAGGACAUACAGCAUUGCGUGUUGUGCGCUUACGUCAUGCCUAAUUUCUGUCUUAAACGAGUUGCAAGGUGCAUACACUUGACCAACUCCAAAUGUUUGAUCUGCUACCAAAAACGGUGACAGAAAUAGAAUGACACUUUUGGAGUUAAUUCAAGUCCUUGAAAUUUCCAGUGUAUACAAGCGUCACAGCGACAGAAAUAUAACUAGUAUAAAUUAGCAUUGACAUAUAAUAUUUAGUAAAAUCCUGACUGAGAACAAGCACUUCUAUAUGGUGGUGCGCAUGCAUGUGAAUUUGUUAACUUACAGCGCAUUGGUUAUAGUUUUUAGCACUCUUUGGAAUGUUUUAAUAAAAUUGUUUAAUUAAAUCAUUAGCAGAAAUUAUAUUUGUAAUAAUUUCGUUUUGUAAUAUAUAGGUAACGUACCAGCUGAAGAUAUUAACUACGGCGUUAUUUAGUGUUCUUCUCCUGGGAAAACAACUUGGUAAAUUGAAAUGGUUAUCACUAGUUAUCUUAAUGUUUGGAGUCACGCUUGUUCAGGUAAUGUUUCAUAAUGAUAUACCUUGAAAUGUUUGUAUUGACAAGAUAUAUAGUGUCUUAUAGUUUUCACAUCAGUGCGCCAGCCAUUUGUAAUUCGUAAAUAAGAAAUAGUGUAGAGACUGGCGGAAAUGUUUGGUGUGCUGGGGCCCUUGAACGUUUGUGGUUAUGUCGGAAAUUUAGAAGGUUUUGUUGGAAAUUUAGGACUGUGUUCUCCAAUGCGAAAAGUGAAUUUCUGCAGAAUACAAAAUUAAUUUAUGGUGUAACCGUGGGAGUAGAGCCUGAGUAGAACGGCUUGUGUGGCUGUGGAUAAUUACAACGUGUGUUUUAAUAUUGUGAAAUAUCGGUUCUGGUUUUUCCAUUUCUCAUGUCCCUAUUUUUAUGUUUUUAUUGUUUAUUUCUACUUUCAUAGGUGAACUUGUUUACAUGGGUUCUGUUUUUCAUAUACUUUUUAAAUACAACGUUGCAUGGGUUGCGCCUGCCCACAUUUUUGGACUGGUAAAUAAUUUGGAAAUGGCGAAGAAAAUUCAAUAUAAGAAAUGUAUUCUUCACUUUUUGAUUUAGGAGAUCCUGACGAUGGGAUUAGCUUCUCAGUUUUGUGCAGCUUUUAUUCAUAAUAUUUAUAAAGAAGAGCAUGCAUGCAUUUCUUUCACAAUUACAGUAUUUGCACCGAAGUAUAAGAAUGAUCAGUUUAAUAUGGGGAGCUCCUGUGCCUUCUCCCCGAGUGCAAUUAUCUUUCCAGUUUUACUUCAUUUUUAAAAUUCUUAAAAAUGGUAAUAUUUCUUUGUGUCAUUGCAGUGGCGAAGUGAAGACCCGAGUAAACAAGAAAAUGUAAACGAGGGUGCUGAAGAAAAAAAUAUUUCCAAAUCUGUAGUAGGUCUUCUUGCGGUAUUAUGUGCGUGUUUCUCAAGUGGGUUUGCUGGAGUAUAUUUUGAAAAAGUUUUAAAAACCUCUCGCGCUUCUCUGUGGAUGAGAAACGUUCAAUUAG